AUGGCCAAUCAGUUCCAGAAGAACUACCCAGCGGAUGAGGAUUUUCCAAACUUGGAAAAGCAUGACAAUCACAUGGCCAAAAUACUUACUAAAGAGAUGUAUGCUAAGUUGAGAGACAAGACAACUCCCAGUGGAUUCAGCCUCGACGCCGUCAUUCAAACGGGUGUGGACAACCCUGGCCAUGAGCACAUCAUGACUGUGGGCUGUGUGGCGGGAGACGAGGAGAGCUAUGAGGUGUUUGCGGAGCUUUUCGACCCCAUCAUUGACGAAAGACAUGGGGGCUUCAAACCAGGAGACAAACACAAGACAGACUUGGACUUCUCCAAGUUGCAAGAGGCGAAGUUUGACGAGAAGUACGUGCAGUCCAGCCGAGUGCGGACUGGUCGCUCCAUCCGUGGAAUCUGUCUGCCACCACACUGCACCAGAGCCGAGAGACGCAAGGUGGAGAAGAUAUCGACGGAUGCGCUGGCUACCCUGGAUGGUGAGUACAAGGGUCAGUACUACCCCCUGAGUGAGAUGAGUGAAAAAGAGCAAGAAAAGCUGAUCGAAGAACAUCUCCUGUUCGACAAGCCAGUGUCCCCCCUCCUCAACUCCUCCAGAAUGGCACGCGACUGGCCAGAUGCAAGAGGAAUCUGGUACAACGAAAAGCGAGACUUCUUGGUGUGGGUGAACGAAGAAGACCAUCUCAGGGUCAUCUCUAUGCAAGAGGGGGGAGACAUGGGCUCUGUGUUCAAACGGUUCUGCGAGGGUCUGCAGAAGUUCGAGGGGGCCAUCAAACGAUCGGGGGAGGAGUUUAUGCACAAUGACCACUUGGGAUAUAUCCUGACUUGUCCGAGUAAUUUGGGCACUGGGUUGAGGGGAGGAGUGCACGUCAAGCUACCCAAUAUAGGCAAAGACGAGAAGAAAUUGGACAAAAUCAUGGAGCUUCUGCGUCUGCAGAAACGAGGAACUGGAGGAGUGGACACUGCUGCCGACGAUGGAGUCUACGACGUCUCCAACGCCGACCGACUCGGAUUCUCCGAGGUGGAACUUGUGCAGUUCGUGGUUGAUGGAGUAAACCUCCUGAUUGAGAUGGAAAAACUAGCCGAACAAGGAAAGUCAUACGACAAUUUGAUCCCGAAGGAAAGAGUGGGCGGAAAGGAUUAAAAACCGAAAAGGCAGGCACAAUUGGGGCGCAAUUUGAAAUACAGGCGCAAUUGGGGAAUAUAUUAAUUGCAUUGAACAAUCAUGAAGAUUUUUGAUUAGUGUAC